AUGCACUCGCUACGAAGAUGGUUCUUUACUCUUCUUGUUAUUGUGGGAAACGGAGUCGUAGAUGGAGCCGUGGUGCCAGCGCCGCCUAGUAUCACGGCUCCACCACGGUUACAGGAAAGACAGGAUAUUGAUGCUAUCGACUUCGUCAAGAUCCUCAUCACCGCCCUCCCCCAAUCACUACGCCAAGUUGCUGCCACAAAUGUGCCCGCUGUAUCGAGUAUACUCUGGACUGAAUUCCUGGACAAUAAUCGACCGCAGUGGUUUCGAGAGUUGCCGGUCGAGGUGCAGAGUUAUCUUAUUGAAGCGUUUGGCCCUAAGACAGCGGCGCCACCCGAGAGUGGGAGUGUGCCGACUAGUGUGCCGGCUUCUGUGACGAGGACGUGGCAGAGUGUGGUUACAGAGACGGAGGGGUGGGUGACGAGUACGACUGCGACGGCGUCUACAUCGUCCAGGUUGGAGAGCGAAAGUGGGACGAGUACAACUGCAGUGUCGAGCCAGCCUACGAUUCGACCAUCUUCAUCUUCGUCAGAGCGGUCAUCCUCAUCGACUUCGACUUUACCUAUCUCUAGCUCAACCUUCUCCUCCUCAUCAACACCCACAACCUCAACUUCAUCUCCCUCCACCGCAACACCAACCAGCACCCCCUCCGAACCCCCCGCUCCACCGCCCACUCCCUCCGGCCUCACCUCCAGCCAAAAACUCGCCCUCGGCCUCGCCCUCCCACUAGGCUUCCUCUCUCUCUCCGUCCUCCUCCUCUCUUUCUUCCUCCUCCGGCGCCACCGUAAAAGAACCCUCGAAGGAAGCCAACCCCCCUCCUCCCCCGGCUUCAUCCCGCGCUUCUCCUUCCAACAAGGCCCCUCGGACAGCGCCACCUUACCACUAACCUAUCACUACACGCGGGGCACCGAAGACUACCCCUGGGAGGACCCGUCAGACAUGUACGACAACUACCCUGAAACUCCCGCAAUGGUUGGGAGAGAAGAUACACAUACGCCCAUGGUAGCGCCAGCACUAUGUCACAGUCACUCUUCGAAUCGGGCAAGAGGGAGAAGAAUUAGCGGGUCGAGCUUGCAUUCUGUGGCUGAAAUGAGGGAGCCUGGGGAGGGCGUUGGAGGGGCUGAGGUGGAGUCGCCCGUGUUGGGGCGGUAUGCGCAUCGGAAACGGAGUUUUGGUGGUGGGAAUAGAGAGGUGGGGAGGAGGAAUAGCAUACUACGGAAACCGGUUCCCACACCCAGUGCAAUGGAGGAUGUACCAGUGAACGAUGCGAGCGAUACAUCGGUUCAUCGCCCUACAUUGGCGGUUCCGAACGCGGCAGGGCAGUAUAGUGGGACGGGAAGCAGUUCGUCUGGUCUCGCGGUGUCGAGUUUUUCUUCAAUGUCGUUGGACGCGUAUUUGGAAGAUUAUGGGCCGGAGUAUUAUUAUAAGGGUGGGGGA